AAUGCUGUUAGUGUGACGUAUAAUCUAGUGGACGGAACGCUUCUUUCAGCAGCAGCAACAGUUAGUCCGCCACCUCGGUAGCUUGCUAGCCAAAAUAGCCGAACCCAUAAAGCUCUUUAGACGCUUUAGUGUAUAUUAGCCACUGUAUUUUAAACCCUUGUCUGUCGUCUAGUUAGUUAGUUAUCCUAUUUAAUUUCAUAUUUACGGUGCUGUUGUUAUUAUUCAGCUAGCGGACUGGUUAAGUUAGCAUUAGCCUAGCUAGCUAACAUCUCCGACCAUGAGUUCACUAAAUGACUCUCUUCCUGCUGAAGAAGAGACGGUCUGUUGGACGGAGAAAGAAGCUCUCAUCAAAGAGGAGGAGGAAGAGAAGGAUGUUACAAUACAAAAACAAGUAGAGGGUGAGGUUGUUACCCUGAAAGAAGAAGAGAAAGACGUUUCAGUGAAAGAAGACGAAGACGUUACAGUGAAAGAAGAGGCGUUCAGAGUGAAAGAGGAAGACGUUACAGUGAAAGAAGAGGGGUUCCGAGUGAAAGAGGAGGAAGGUGUUACAGUAAAAGAUGAGGAGGAUUCAGUUUUUGAAGUGAAAGCGGAGGAGGGGGAGAAUACGGUCUCAUCGGAAGAAGAGGAGGAAGAAACUGGAUAUCUGGGCCCGAUUUCCCAAACGCAAUUUAAGGCAUCCAGUGGUUCUAAAGAUGAACUUAGCCAUAAGAUGGUUUUGAGAAACCGGGCCGUGAUUACCACUGCCCAACCAGAAGAGAAGAAACUCUUCCUGAACCACCUCCUCUUGCUGUCCUUCAUACAUUCUGACGUUGCUGGUAAUCGGCUACACAAGCAGUCGGCAACCUACAUUUGGAGUGCAAAUGUAUCUUACCAUUUCUACUGAUCUGGUGCCAGUUAUGAUUUUCAUAUGUUCAUUUUACUGGAACAGUUUCAUUUAAUUUAUAAUAGUAUCUCAAAAUCAUUGUCUGUGAUUAAUCUACAUUCUAUGUAAAUGAAAGUUAUACAAAUCUAAAAGUAACUUUUAUUGCCAUUGCCAACUAUGUAAAAAAUAGCCUACAUAAAGCCAACAAAUAAAAACAUUGCAAAUAAA